UCACACAGUACUGGUGUGACGCUCCUGCCUCUCACACAGUACUGGUGUGUGGCUCUCCUGCCUCUCACACAGUACUGGUGUGUGGCUCUCCUGCCUCUCUCACAGUACUGGUGUGACGCUCCUGCCUCUCACACAGUACUGGUGUGUGGCUCUCCUGCCUCUGCCACAGUACUGAUGUGUGGCUCUCCUGCCUCUCUCACAGUACUGGUGUGGUGGUAUAGCACUUCGUUGCUCAAGCCUGGAAGGGUUCUGAAUGAGGCUCAUGUGAGACAUCUAUGUGUUGAGAAUCAGUGAUAUAUUUAUAGAAAAUUUGAGUAAAAAAUAUUGAGAGCACUAUAGGUAACUUAUAGUGUGCGACUAUAGCUGCUCUACGGCGAGUUGUGCGGAAAUAUUAACAGGAAAUUUUGUUCCUAAAGUGAAAUCAAUGUAAUUCUUAAUGUUACUUUUUAAGAUUCGGUAAAUGACAUUGCAGCUGGAUGAUAUGGUCUGAGCUUCAGGAGCGGCGGUGGACCAGCGGUGGCAGGAUGUGAACGGUGCCCAGCGCAGUACCAUGGCCCAGGAGUUCCUCCCGCUCUGCGAUGUGCUCUUCAACAUCAUCUCGCUGGCGUCCUACUUCUGUGAUGUGGUGUUUGACGUGGUCACCAUCUACACCCUGUACGACCAGCAGGAGGUGGUGUGGUUCGCGCUGGCGCUCUCCUGUGUGCUGCUCUCCCUCGUGGUGUGCCAGAUGUGUUCGCUCAAGUGGUAUCUCUCCAGUCUCCGGAAGGACCUGGCCAAGAAGGACUGCGAUCUGGGCAUUAUGCUCUUGCUCCAUUUCGUCCAGGGAGGCGUCCUUUGGCGCUACUUUAAACUCUUCAUCCCCGUGGAUCUUCGCUACGUCAAGCAUGAGGUUCGCGACUUGUGUAUGCUGCGACUGAUCCAUGCCUUCUGUGAGGCAGCCCCCAUGUUGCUCAUUCAGCUGUAUCUCAUAUGGCGAAAACCCGCGCUAUCUGAUCUAACAGACCUGAAUAUUGUGUCGACAGCAUUGUCGCUCUUCAGCGUGUGCUGGGCCUUGGCCUCCUUCAACAAGAACGUGCGGCGGCAUAACGUUCAUCGCCUGAUACUGACGUGGUUAGGAGUUAUAUUUCAGUUCAUCUGGCGGCUUGGGACCAUAACCUCCCGCUCGCUGGCACUCACCGUGUAUGCAACGCUCUACGGGUACUGGGUUUUCCUCGUCAUUGCCCUCCAUUGGGUCUCCAUGUUCCUUUGGCUCAUCUCUCCCAAGAAUGUCUUUCACGGUGAAAAGAUGCCCUUGUUUAAGAAAGUGAUAUUCUCCAUGUUAAUCGCCUUCUGUUACAUAUUCUGCUACAUCAACUUGCAAGAAAUCAACGCCCGGCAGAAGAUGGUGGCCUUCUACAUCACCAUGCUGCUAGAGAACGCCCUCCUGGUGGCGGUGUGGCUGGGGGGCCUGAGGUCCACGCCCUGGUACCAGUACCCUGUCACGGCCCUCGUCUUCAUCGCCUUCGGGUUCGGAGUGGUGUUCAUGAUCUUCUACUACCAGCACUUUCAUGUCAAGCGGCUCAAGCACAACUACACCAUGUCCUCCUCCAUCAACACCUACUCAUCGUGUACAGGAUGUCAGCUGGGUCAGUGUACAGACAAGUCACACCGCAUGCCUUUCCCAUACUACCUGAACGAGCUGUCGGCGAGCGACAACAGCACCAUCGCCUCCAACCCUCAGCAGAAUGGUAACGCCAAGCCCAAUAACCUGGAGACCAGCGAGGCGCGGAAUCAGCAGCAGCAGCCCUGCCACUACCCGCCGGACGCCCUCCACGUCCCCGGCGUCUUCACUUGCCGCUUCAACCCGGGCAUUAAGAGGAAGAAAAAAAAGCCGACGAGCUUCGUGCCACCUCCAGUUCCCGUUCUCCCUUCUAUAGGCGUGCCAAAUAAUAAUGGUCGUAUGGUGCCGUUCUGGAAGCGGCCUUUACCACAGUCGUUGUCAAGUGAUCACGAAGGGAGUGUGGGCUCCAGAGUCAACAUACAACAGAAGCUGCAGGAGAAGAAGCAACAACAGAUUGCUGAAUUAAGACAAAUCGAAGAAGAGAUAAAAGCUGGCAAGUUAAAGCGGCCGCAUCCCAGCGAUAUCUCCGAAUCUGGAACGCUUCGUCAACCCAUCCCUCGGGCGAAGAAGCAACCGUGGUUGAAGCCUGAACCGCUGGACUUCACAUACCUUGUGGUAGAGCCCUCAGCGGCGCCCGUGCCGGCCCCAGCCCACAGAAAACAUCGUUCUCAAACGCCAGAGAUUCUGCUGGCGCCACAUUACCUGGACAACACCAGGAUCUACUACGACUACCAGGACCCUCGGUGGAAAUACGGAAACAACUACCACCUUCCCUCUGAUGACAUGAGCGGCUCCAGUCACUCCAAACACUCGAUAAAAAGACGCAAUAGAAAGGGAGAUAAAAACACGGACAAUAGAGACAAAGUUAUUUAUAAGUCUUACAGAAUACCAUCUGAUCUCGAUAGUCAAAUAUCGCUACCGAGGUCUUAUACUCUUCCCAGAGAAUUCAAAUAUUACAGAAGACCCAAGUCGAGAAAAGCUGUGAGAACUGACCACUUCAUGGCGUCGACAAACUCCAGCGAUGGUGAUGUCGAUUCCUGCGACGAAGGAGACUUGGAGAAAUCUCUGAGUCGACUCAACAACGCCGUCCACUUCCACCUCAACCACAGCCACCACCACCACUACCACCACCACAGCUUCCUCCACAAUCACCACACCAACCACGUAGCCGAGUCUCCACCUCAUCCGCAGCACCCACUUCGGGCGCGCAUUCACGCGGCGUUCCACCGCAACUUGGCCAACACUCACGAGACGAAGUUGUGAGGCGCGGUGAACUCCCCCCGGACAAAAGACAGUCACAGUGGCGGCAUCUCGCGGCCCAGGAAGCUCAGUGUAAAUCACGACCCGUGUGAGUACCACUCGUAGGAGCUCAACUUGAAGAGAAGGUACUCACAAGGUGUAAACAAUGGUCUCAUUCACUCAGGCUGACCACCUCAAAUUGGACGUGUUUAUGAAAAAAAAACAAUCGCAAGCCUGUUUUCAAAUGAAGGAAAGAUCUUUUCAAUGUGUGUGUGUGUGUGUGUGUGUGUGUGUGUGUGUGUGUGUGUGUGUGUGUGUGUGUGUGUGUGUGUGUGUUUUAAUUGUGUGAAUACAAUUACUAUCAUUUAUCACACAACAAAUAUUACAGAAGCUGUCUUAAUUUUAUAUGGUGUGCAAAUUUCAGAUUGAAAAUUCAAAGGAUGCAGUUACAGGUGUUAAUAGGGAUUUCGAUUUAUUUUCCACAGAAAUGUGCAAUAGUGUCUGUGUACUCCAAGCUUCGACAAAUGAAGUGAUUGUUUAAUGUGCCCAAAAUUGUUCUUUGCCAAAUCCAAUAAUAUGCGCGUUAUAUAUUGGGUUAUACUUGUGUCUUCUUCUGUCUGUUGUAGUAUAUCGUCAGUAUUAUACUACACUAUACUAAAGAACACUAUACUAUACUAUAGAACAACACAUGUCAUGAUAACAAGACCAGGAUGUGUGCCGUGGUGUUCAGUCCUUUAGUUUAGUGUUUUGGGACAUUAAAGUGUUCCUGAGCACUAAAGUGUGCUCAGGAAGCCUCAAUGCUCAGAGUAUUUUUAAUUCAGAAACUUGCUUUUUUUUUAUUUACCUUAGGCCCAAAGCCUAUAAUACAGAUGGGGUCUUUUCUGUGACUUAGUUUUUUGGGGAGGUUUAAAGAAAUUACAAUGAUUCAGGUUGCAUCUUAGUGGUCUUCGUGAUCUUUUCGAAUUACUAAAGACCUUUGAAACGGUUCUAGAUCGUCUUUUUAAUAUCUUUGAUACAUUCAAAUAUGUUUACCUCUCACGUAUUUUCAUAUUGUGUAAGGUCUUUUUAAAAGUUCAUUAGUCUUUCCAAAAGUCUUUGUGCCAUUAUAGUUCAAUCUGGCCCCUUUUUCAUGUUUAUUCCAUUUUUCUAGCCACGUUUGAGUCAGUUUUAAGAUUGUUCUUCGUUUCCAAAUGUUCUCAGCAUAUUCAAUGAGUUCUAAACCCGUCUGAUUAAACCGAUUCUUCUACAGGGCGUCGAAUAUUGAAGUUCUGCAAGUCCUCCUUCUAAAAGUUUCAAAGACAUUCUUGAACUCCUAAGUGUCAGUAGAGAUUAUAAGUUCGUGUAAGGCAUCCCUAAACCCAUCCAGAAUUUACAUGCCCUACAAAUAAUUGGUUCUCGAUUAGAUAUUCCCCCGCGUGUGUUAUAUUCUCUAGAACUUCAGUUGUAUUUAGCGAUCCGAAAACCUUUGCAAAGAUCCACGAACUUGUCUAAAAAUCGUGACACAUUUUAAUGACCCCAACACAUCUUAGAUAACCCAAAUCCUUACUGAGAUUUCUAUAUUUGAUUAAAGAUCGUGGCACUUUGAGAUUUUAGCCUAUUCUAAAUUUUCCGAGGGGGAUUUGUAGAUAUUUAUAGAUCCUUAUCGUGAUUCUCAGAGCCUCUUAGAAAUCCCCAGAUCCAGAUGGUGUUUUAGUAAUCCCAAAAUCCCAUAGAUCCCCAAAUUACUUCAAUUUUUUUCUGCCUGCUACAUGAGGCCACCAUCUUCUGUGACCCAGACGGAGAUAGGAAUCUAGCGGGUUGUCUUAGCUACUCCGUUGUUCCAGAGGAUCUCUUUCCAAAUGAAGUUUGAACUGUCUCGGCAUUCUUGGUUUCGUCGAGGUGAUUCCCAGGGCUUAGUAACCCAUGGGUGAAAAAGCAUCUCCAGUUUUCUGUCCUACAGUGUGGCUUGUUGAGCUUGAAAUUGUUUUCCUUAUGUGUGAGUUACUUUGUACCUUUCAAAGAUGUGGCUUGGAUCAAUAUCUUCUGAGAUGAACCCUGUCGUGAUUGGUUUGAGGUGUUGUAAGUCAUGGGGUCCUUAACCAUUCCUGUUAUUAGAGUUAAAUUGAGUUUUAAGAUGAAUUUUGUCAUUCUAUAUCUUUUUAAAUAACCCCAGAUCCUUGUAGAGCUUUCUUUGUCUUCCUGAUGGUCCGCAGUUUCUUCCAGAAAUCUCCUAGAUCAUUCUCAGAUUCUACAGAUUGUUUUAGAGUUUCCAAGUUCUGUAAAUUGCUAGAAUCUCUAAAUAUUCCUUGAAGCUUUUGGCCAGCCAUGGGGUGUUGUAGCCCUUCGUCUCCUCUAUGACCACUGUCAUCAUGGCUACUCAUCACUUCACCCCAAAGUUGUCCUUGAUCGCAAACGAUGAUUCACAAUACCGUGACCGAUGAGACGAUGAGCGGACCGAAACGUCGUCGUCGUCGGCUCAUCUUCCGGUGUGUGGGUUAAUCAUCAUGUCCUUGAUUGCUUUCUCACGGUUCAAGAUUGCAACUCCUGGUCGGCCGAGCGGACAGCACGCUGGACUUGUGAUCCUGUGGUCCUGGGUUCGAUCCCAGGCGCCGGCGAGAAACGAUGGGCAGAGUUUCUUUCACCCUAUGCCCUUGUUACCUAGCAGUA